AUGGGGAGAAGACCAUCGGAGAAGAAAGAAAAUGAGCUAAAGCUAAAGCUAUACAUCACCAAGGAUGUGAAGUUCAUAUUGGUUGAUAUAUCCAAGGACGAGAUUGAGCUAAGGAAGCCAUGGUUAGGGUUAGUGGGAGAUGCUACUAAGGUUGUGGAGACCAUAAACAAGGAGAUAAAAGACGACCCUUUUUGUUUGGGGAAGAAUCAUCCUUGGAUUGAGGCAUUAGCUAAGAAAACUAAGGAAAAUGUGUCAAAAAUGGAGGCACAAUUAGCCAAGGAUGUUGUGCCGUUUAACUUCAUGACUCCAAUGAGGAUUAUUAGAGACGCAAUUUUGGAAUUGGGUAGUCCCGCCCUAAUUUUGGUGUCUGAAGGAGCGAAUACAAUGGAUAUUGGCAGAUCCGUGUUGGUACAGACUGAGCCAAGGACUGUUGGCGUGAGCAAUCUUAGGAAGAAAUUAUGCUACUAA